AUGCGCAAAGUGUCUGAAGGACAGAUGAUGCGUCCAAACAGGAAGACUAAUGGUAGCGGCGUCCAGGCUCCCGAAACCAGGAUUUGUGUUGUUAUGGUUGGUCUGCCCGCCAGAGGAAAGAGUCUGAUAGCACAAAAAGUCGUCCGCUACCUUCGCUGGCUCUCAGUCGACGCAAAGACCUUCAACGUAGGCCAAUACCGCCGCACCACCACUCCCAAUCCCUCCGCCGAAUUCUUCGACACAAGCAAUGCAGAGGGCGAAAGAAUGCGUAAAGCUGCUGCCGAAGCUGCUGUUACAGACAUGAUUAGAUGGUUCGACAAUGGCGAGGGUCUUGUUGCAAUUCUCGAUGCCACCAACUCGACGAAAGCAAGAAGACGCUGGAUACAAGAUCGCUGCGUCGCCGCCAACAUACAGACCAUGUUUGUGGAGUCAAAAUGUGAUGACGAAGAACUCGUCAUGUCCAACAUCAAGGAGGUCAAGACCACAUCGCCCGACUACGUAGGCCAGGAUCCCGAGGUUGCUGCACAAGACUUUUUGAAGAGAAUCAGGAACUAUGAGAAGGUGUACGAGACAUUAGACGAGGACGAGGCCGACCUCACAUACUGCAAGUUGAUCGACGUUGGACACCAAGUUAUUAUCAACAAGAUUCAGGACUACCUCCAGUCCAGAGUGGUCUACUAUCUGAUGAACUUGCACAUUAAACCGCGGUCCAUUUGGCUGUCACGACACGGUGAAUCCGAGUACAAUCUGUCAGGCAAAAUCGGUGGCGAUGCCAACAUUAGCGAAAGAGGACAGAUGUAUGCCAAGAAACUACCAGAAAUGGUAAGGCAAUCUGCUGGAGACCUUCAGCUCACAGUUUGGACCUCGACACUGAAGAGAACCAUUCAAACCUCGAGAUACCUACCUUUCGAGAAGCUUUCAUGGAAGGCACUGGACGAACUAGAUUCUGGUGUUUGCGACAGCUUGACAUAUGCAGAGAUUGCAGAACGGUUUCCAGAAGAUUUUAAGGCUCGUGAUGACGACAAGUACAACUACCGCUACUUGGGUGGUGAGAGCUACAGAGAUGUGGUCAUUCGUCUCGAGCCUAUCAUCAUGGAACUGGAACGCAGCGAGAACAUUCUCAUUGUAACUCACCAAGCAGUGCUGAGAUGUAUCUACGCUUACUUCAUGGGCGUUGAUCAGGCGAAGAGUCCUUGGAUGGAGGUUCCUCUACACACGCUGAUCAAGCUUUCGCCCAGAGCAUACGGCACACAGGAGGAGAGAUACUCAGCCAAGAUUCCUGCAGUGAGCACCUGGCGUGGCAAGGGAUCAAAGGCCCAGCAUGAAACUCCUGCUCCUGGUGAAGGGACGGUCGAUGUCGAAGCGAAUGGAAAGCCCCCCAAAUAG